AUGCCGUCACGCCGGAAACCCACUAACUUCUACAGAGUCACCCUCUCCGGCAACGUCAACAAAACCAGCCUCAGAAUCCCCAAUCGGUUUAUUAGAGGUCACCGGAAGCAGAUUCUUUUAAACGACGUCUUACUCAUUGUUUCCGAUGACGAGGUUUGGCGGUUGGGCUGGAUGAUCUCCGGCGAAGGCAAACUCUGGAUCCAGAAAGGUUGGCCGGAAUUCGCUAAGCAUUACCGAAUUGGGUAUGGACAUUUAUUGCUUUUCAAACAUAUUGGCAAAUCGAUCUUCCAUGUUAGCAUUUUCGAUUCAAGCAGCUGUGAAAUCAAUUACACAUCGCCCUCAAAAUCCCCCAAAUUGCAGAAAUUGAUCGAUCUAUCUAUGACUCAAGAUGAUCAAAUUGAAGGUGCAGGUGCAGGUGGCGAUAACGAUGAGAAAAGCCUGAAGAAACCAUUGGUUAUGGAAGAAACCAGUGAUGAUAAUUUGAUCGAAAACGUUCGGCAUUCCAUGACGAAGGUUAUCAAAAAAUCCCACGUUAAUCAAAUGCCGAUGAAGAAGAGUUUUUCGAAAUCGGUCGGAAUCAAUGGCUAUCGCAACGUGCGGUUGAAGAAUGAUGACGGAAAGAUAUGGAAAGUGAAGGUAAGGAAGUAUGUGAAGGAAAGGAUGUACAUAGGAUGGUCUGGUUUCAGAAAAGAUAACAAGAUCGAGGUCGGGGACUCGUGUGAAUUCGAUCAUGUUAAAGGUGAAAGUGUAAAUAACAACCUAACAGUACCAUUGAGAGUCUGCCUGAAGAAACAAAUAGUUGUCGAUUAUACUCCGUCGUCAGCCGUCGCAAUGCCGUCACGCCGGAAACCCACUAAUUUCUAUAGAGUCACCCUCUCCGGCAACGUCAACAAAACCAGCCUCAGAAUCCCCAAUCGGUUUAUUAGAGGUCACCGGAAGCAGAUUCUUUUAAACGACGUAUUACUCAUUGUUUCCGAUGACAAGGUUUGGCGGUUGGGCUGGAUGAUCUCCGGCGACGGCAAACUCUGGAUCCAGAAAGGUUGGCCGGAAUUCGCUAAGCAUUACCGAAUUGGGUAUGGACAUUUAUUGCUUUUCAAACAUAUGGGAAAAUCGAUCUUCCAUGUUAGCAUUUUCGAUUCAAGCAGCUGUGAAAUCAAUUACCUAUCACCCUCAAAAUCCCCCAAAUUGCAGAAAGGAAUCGAUCGAUCUGUGACUCAAGAUGAUCAAAUCGAAGGUGCAGGUGGCGAUUACGAUGAGAAAAGCCCUAAGAAACCAUUGGUUAUGGAAGAAUCCAGUGAUGAUGAUUUGAUCGAAAACGCUCGACAUUCCAUGACGAAGCCGAUGAAGAAGAGUUUUGCGGAAUCGGUCGGAAUCAAUGGCUAUCGCAGCGUGCGGUUGAAGAAUGAUGACGGAAAGAUAUGGAAAGUGAAGGUAAGGAAGUAUGUGAAGAAAAGGAUGUUGUACAUACGAUGGUUAGGUUUCAGAGAAGAUAACAAGAUCCAGAUCGGGGACUCGUGUGAAUUCGAUCAUGUUAAAGGUAACUUGAUUCAUGUUCGUGUCUUCAAGAAACAUCAGUAG